CUUCUUCCAAACUCAAAACAGAGCAUCGAAGCACUCUUUCGCGGCGCCUUGUAUCUGUUUUUUCUCCCACCUCUCAGGCGGGUCCCUAACCCCUUAUCCGGGUCUUACUUAAGCCUUCAAUUUUUCUGACUAUAUAUAUCCCUUCCACUUAUUUCUAUUUUCUUCAUCGAAACAAAAAAUAAUUAAGAGAGAAAAAAACAAAAAACAUUUUCCAUCUCUCUCUCUCUCUCUCUCGCCUGCUUCAAGAAAUGGAUCGGCAAAGUUCCGAUGACAUCAUGAAAUUUCUCGACGGCAUGGCUAGCUCCGACGAUGUUCUUUUUGGCUUCCUCGACGAAGGAAACCACUCACCGGAGGAUUAUAACUUCGCCGCCGGCGACGAAUCCGAAGUUGACAACGAUACCACCGAUUGUAAUUCAGAAGAGAACAGAAAAUUUUGGCAAGAACACGAACAACUUCUCCAGGCGACACUGUAUAGGACAAGUUCAAUUGAGACAAAGAUAAGACAAGCAACUAAGGAAGCGUUGAAAGUAGUUAGAUCAAAGGGUUUGGUAUGUGUCUGCCGGAGACCGGUUACCGACGGUUGUCGUAGCUGUUUACGCGGCGAAGUAUCUAGCCUCCUCCGAGAAGCUGGCUAUGAUUGCGUCAUUUCCAAAUCUAAGUGGAGAAGCUCUCAUGAGAUCCCUGCAGGUGAGCAUGAAUACUUGGAGGUCGUGGACAAAUCGGUUUCAAAGAAAGGCGAGAUCCGGGUGGUGAUCGAACUAUGUUUUAGGGCGGAGUUUGAGAUGGCGAGAGGCAGUGAAGAGUACAAGCGACUCAUCGGAAUGUUACCGGAAGUGUAUGUCGGGAAAACGGAGAGGCUAAAAUCAUUAAUAAAGAUAUUGUGCACCGCAGCGAAGAAGUGUAUGAAAGACAAGAAGAUGCACAUGGGUCCUUGGAGAAAACACAAAUACAUGCAGGCUAAAUGGUUUGGAACUUGUGAGAGAAAAUCUGUGUCGCCAGUAUCCGAAACUGAGGAGAAUAUGUUUCCGGUGGCAAAGCAGAGGGUUUCUAUGUUGAAUUAUGGUCUUUUUGGUGCUGGAAUAGGCCGUCCGACCGUUGUAGCGGUUGUGUGAAACAUCUAUAUAGACGUACGAAUACGAUAAGUUAGGAGGAAAUAAAGUGAAAUGAGUUUCACUUUGAAAUUUUGCAUGAUAUUGUCUCAGUUAGAAUUUUGUGUGUCCAAAACAGGGUAAUUUCUGGGACUAUUAUGGACCAUGGUAUACAAAGCGGUAUUUUAAUCAAAAUAAAUAAAAAAAUUCUAUGGUUAGAUAAAA